CAGAAACAAGAUUGUGCAUUCUAAGCUACAAAUAUUUGUACCUUGAAAUUUCCUGCAAUUUUUGUAGAUAAAAGAAAAUGGUACAAGAAAAUAGCAAUUUCCCCUCAUCAUCACCCCUCUGGCAGUGUGUGCUUCAGCCUAAUUUCUGACUCCUCCCUCCCUUCCCUCCCCUUUCUCUCUCACCCUUCUUCUCCUCCCCUCUGGUUCCUGCCCAUUUUUUCUUGGUAGCAGUAUGAAUUCUGCUUAUCUACCUAGGAGGGGGAUUCCAGACAGACAAGAAAACAGUUUCAAAUGCUGCACUGCCGGUGUAUCAAGUCAUUGCCGGAAAGGCAGUCUGGAAACUGGGGUGGGGGUGGGGGUGCCACCUCUCUGGCAGUGAAUUCUAAUGAGUUGCUAAAGAUGCCAGAGUGUGUGCACACACGUUUUUUUUCUUUCCCCUCCCCCUUUCUUCCAUUCCCAAGCCCCUUCUCCCUGUUUCCCCUCCUACUCCUUUAUCCCCUCCCUCUGUGUCUUAGUUCUGCAGUCCUGGGCUGAAGCACAUUCCUGCAUUGCAAGGCUUUCUGUUAAGGACUGACUUACUGAGGCUUUUGUCUGGAUUUCAGCUGCAGAAUUACAGCUGUUCAGAGGAGACUCAUUACAACUCCUGCUGAAGCUCCUAGGCUUCUCCCUUCUGCCCCUUCCCCCUCCCCUCACUUGGCCUGAAGACACUGUCCCCAGUUUGCCUUACUCUCUUGGUACUAUGUGCAUGGUGAACCUGGCACUAUGGCCGCGUCUGGGACUGGCCAGACAACUGCUGUUGGCUCUCCCUAUUCCAAGAAGGAUUUAAAGGGAAAUUGCACUGCAGGCAAUGAACCAGAGCAGCAGCAUCGGGAGCCUGGGGACUAAGGCUCCUAUGGCAUUGUUACACAUGUAAAGCUGCCCGCAAUCACAGUAACUGCUCCUAUGAACUGUUGGCAGCAGCCAAGUGGCAGCAUGAAGUGAGAGAUCGCUCCUGAGCUCAAGAUGAAUUCCACCUUGGAUGGUAAUCAGAGCAGCCACCCUUUUUGUCUCUUGGCAUUGGGCUACUUGGAAACUGUCAGUUUUUGCCUUUUGGAAGUACUGACUAUUGUCUUUCUAACUGUAUUGAUUAUUUCUGGCAACAUCAUUGUGAUUUUUGUAUUUCACUGUGCACCUUUGUUGAACCAUCACACUACAAGUUAUUUUAUCCAGACAAUGGCAUAUGCUGACCUCUUGGUUGGGGUAAGCUGCCUGGUCCCCUCUUUAUCACUCCUCCACUACCCACUUCCAAUAGAGGAGUCCUUGACUUGCCAGAUAUUUGGUUUUGUAGUAUCAGUUCUGAAGAGUGUCUCCAUGGCUUCUCUGGCUUGUAUCAGUGUUGACAGAUACAUUGCCAUCACUAAACCUUUAACCUAUAAUACCCUGGUUACACCCUGGAGACUACGUCUGUGUAUUUUUCUGAUUUGGCUGUAUUCCACCCUGGUCUUCCUGCCUUCCUUUUUCCGUUGGGGCAAACCUGGAUAUCAUGGAGAUGUGUUUCAGUGGUGUGCAGAGUCCUGGCACACUGACCCCUAUUUCACCUUGUUCAUCGUGAUGAUGCUGUAUGCCCCAGCAGCCCUCAUUGUCUGCUUCACGUAUUUCAACAUCUUCCGCAUCUGCCAACAGCACACAAAGGAAAUCAGCGAAAGGCAAGCCCGCUUCAGCAGCCAGAGUGAGGAGACUGGGGAAGUGCAGGCCUGUCCUGAUAAGCGCUAUGCCAUGGUUCUGUUCCGAAUCACUAGUGUAUUUUAUAUCCUCUGGUUGCCAUAUAUCAUCUACUUCUUACUGGAGAGUUCCACUGGCCUCAGCAACCACUUUGCAUCCUUUUUGACUACCUGGCUUGCUAUCAGUAACAGUUUCUGCAACUGUAUCAUUUACAGUCUCUCCAAUAGUGUUUUCCAAGGAGGACUAAAGCGCCUCUCAGGGGCUGUGUGUACUUCUUGUGCAAGUCAGACCACAGCCAAGGACCCUUACACCAUUAGGAGCAAAGGCCCUCUUAAUGGAUGUCAUAUCUAAAGGGGCUCGGGUACUCACUUUGUUUGCACUUGGAGAGGGUGGCUUUUGUUUUUCCUUUUUUCUGUUUGUAUCCUUGGUUCACUAGACCUGGGAUAGAAUAAUUUGACUCUGAGCAGUAGCAAAUAGUUAUCCAAAUACCUUCUAAAUUUGCAGAAAUUAUUUCCGAAAUGUUGAUUUAGAAUCAGAAGAAUUAGGAUCAUGAAGAAAAAUCACUCUUAGUCCAGUUUUUGAAAUGUCAUGGAAGUGACUGCAGUUCUAAGAUUUAAAAGGAAUAAAGCCAUAGCUAACACCUCUCCCAACUGGUGUGACUGAACCUGGGUGUGAAAAGCGUCAGCACUUUAAAAAGUCACCAUUUUCUUGUCACUUUUCUGGAUUCUUCCCAGUUCCUUGGACUUUAUGUGCAAUUGAUAUCUUUUAACAGGGAAUAUUAAAGUACACUGGUGAAUUAACAAGGUUUUUAAUUUUAUCUAUGCCAAAGUCUUAGCUACACUGCAAGGUUUAGUACUGUCAUUUAGGUAGCUAAAUGCUUUAUUGACUCUUGAGAGAAUACUCAAUAGAGUAAAUAAUGUGAAUACUUAAACAUUACUUUUAGAAUUUUGAAAUGAACCAUGAAGCAAAAGUCCAAUGAAGUCAUGCAAUCUCUGUGAAAAACUGAGCUGAUUUUUGUGCCGUACUUCACAGCAGUGUAAACAUACAUGUGCAUAGAAGUGACUGUGUUACAAUACUUCUCCUGUGCCUUUGUGUUUGUGAAUAUUGAGAGUAUUUCGAUUGAGUUAGGUUUAUAGCAAAAUGUAUUUUAAUAAGCUAAAAAAUAAAUGAUAGACUGAUAGCUGUCCAUUUGUAAUGGUGAAAAUAUACAAAAAUGGGACUUAAGCAUUUUCUGUUCUUUUUAAUCCAAAGACUUGAAAUUUCAGAACAUCAGGGCAAAGCAACUGAAUCAGAAGUAUACUGCUGUUGACCAGAUAAGCUCAGUGUUUGAGUGCUUGCCUAGCAUGCCUAAAGCCCAGGUUUCAACCCCAAACACCAGGAAAAAAAGGAGGGGGAAAGCAUAUAUGUACACACACACACAGAUUCUGUAUUACACUGAUUUUUAAACAAAAUCAGCUAAUAAGAGUAGUAACAAAUUCAUUUUGAAAACAUUGUUACAGGUCUUAUUAAGGUUGCAGGGAAAGUACAAUUCUGGUUGGUCAGAAUCUCUUUUCUGCUGUCCACAUUCUGUAAAAAAUUCCUUUGUCAUAUAAUUCUUGCCUCACCUGUUUUUGCUUUUGUUUUCCAAAGCACUAGCAAAAUCUAGAGUAGUUAAUUGUUCUCUAGAAUUAUUAUUAAAAUGCUGUGUGUUUGUCUGUGGCUAUUGCAUUUUGUUUUAGAAGUUUCUGUCUUGAAAGCAAGAAAUUUAUUUCUUUAAAAGGAAGGGGUUGCUGGCGACUCAGGCAUCAAAAUAUUUCCUCUACUUUUUGCUAAUUGUAAGUUUUAGAAAUCUUUAGGAGACUUAACUUGAUCUCUGUCUUUGGCUCAAUGUUGUAGUGUGAAUGUAACCAUGAUAUUCAGUGACAUGGAAGGUGGAGGAAACCCAGGAGACAGUGGUGAAAGGGGAUUUCUGAAUCUAAGAGAGGACAUGGAUAUUUGUAAAACAGGCAGAUAGGGCUUUGGUUUUCCAUCUUGAUGUUAGAAGAGCCCACGCCCCUUUUAAAUAGAAGACAUCAUGUUUCAUCAUCAUCCUCUUCUUCCUCC